UGCGUAUGGGCUCACGUAUCUUGUACAUGCUCACGAGGAACAAACGCUUCCUGGCCGGUAGCGUAUUGAAGUUCAUGAAUAUUCAGGUCACCAUGAAGUUAAAGUGGGUCCUCGAGAACAUACCGGGCCUCCAGGAAGCCGCUGAUAAUGGCGAGGUGGCAUUCGGAAGUAUAGACUCUUGGGUCUUGUUCAAAUUAACAGGUAAAAAACGAAAUAUAUAAAGAUCC